AAAGUUCCAAGGAGAUUUUAAGGUGCACUCAAGGUGGAAAACCACUGCUGAAGCAGAUGUGGAGAACUAUAAAUUAAGAAUCCCAGCUACUUAACUGACAUAUGCUUCCAAGUUCCUUGCCCAGCCACUACUGUCUCUCCAAAAACCCGAGAUACCGCUAAAUCAUCAUGGAUACACUCGGCGCCAUUAGCACUCGAUUUGGGUUUGAUCUUUUCAAAGAGCUGAAGAAAACAAAUGAUGGCAACAUCUUCUUUUCCCCUGUGGGUCUCUUGACUGCCAUUGGCAUGCUCCUGCUGGGCACCCGAGGAGCCACCGCUUCCCAGUUGGAGGAGGUAUUUCACUCUGAAAAAGGCAUGAAGAGCUCAAGAACAAAGGCUGAAGAAAACGAGGUGGUGAGAAUAAAGGCUGAAGGAAAAGAGAUUGAGAAGACAGAAGCAAUACAUCAACAAUUCCAAAAGUUUUUGACUGAAAUAAGCAAACUCACUAAUGAUUAUGAACUGAACAUAGCCAACAGGCUGUUUGGAGAAAAAACAUACCUCUUCCUUCAAAAAUACUUAGAUUAUGUUGAAAAAUAUUAUCAUGCAUCUCUGGAACCUGUUGAUUUUGUAAAUGCAGCAGAUGAAAGUCGAAAGAAGAUUAAUUCCUGGGUUGAAAGCAAAACAAAUGAAAGAAUCAAGGACUUGUUCCCAGAUGGCUCUAUUAGUAGCUCUACCAAGCUGGUGCUGGUGAACACAGUUUAUUUUAAAGGGCAAUGGGACAGGGAGUUUAAGAAAGAAAAUACUAAGGAAGAUAAAUUUUGGAUGAAUAAGAGCACAAGUAAAUCUGUGCAGAUGAUGACACAGAGCCAUUCCUUUAGCUUCACUUUCCUGGAGGACUUGCAGGCCAAAAUUCUAGGGAUUCCAUAUAAAAACAAUGACCUGAGCAUGUUUGUGCUUCUGCCCAACGACAUCGAUGGUCUGGAGAAGAUAAUAGAUAAAAUAAGUCCUGAGAAAUUGGUAGAGUGGACUAGUCCAGGGCAUAUGGAAGAAAGAAGGGUGAAUCUGCACUUGCCCCGGUUUGAGGUGGAGGACAGUUACGACCUUGAGGCGGUCCUGGCUGCCAUGGGGAUGAGCGAUACCUUCAGUGAGCACAAAGCCGACUACUCGGGGACGUCCUCACUCUCCGGGUUGCAGGCCCAGAAGUUCCUGCACAGUUCCUUUGUGGCAGUAACUGAAGAAGGCACUGAGGCUGCAGCUGCCACCGGCAUAGGCUUUACUGUCACAUCCGCCCCAGGUCAUGAAAAUGUUCACUGCAAUCAUCCCUUCCUGUUCUUCAUCAGGCACAAUGAAUCCAACAGCAUCCUCUUCUUUGGCAGAUUUUCUUCUCCUUAAGAUGAUCGUUGCCAUGGCAUUGCUGCUUUUAGUAAAAAAGCAACCACCAGUGUUAUUCAUACGAUUAUGAAAAUCGUCCAUUCUUUUAAAUGUUGUCUCACUUGCAUUUCCAGUCUUGGCCACCAAAUCAAUGAUUUAAUGACCCCAAUAGUGUACGUGUUUGUAACCAUCCUUGAAAGUGAAAUAUCCUUUUCUUUGUGCCAUGCAUAAGGUGAGUCAAACCAAACCUCAUUGAUAAUCUCCCCUUGGUUUCUUUUGAAAGGAAAUCGGUAUCUUGUAGUUUUGUGCACUAAAGGAGAGAAAGUCUCUCCAGUAAAGAGUAUGAACUAGUAAUUUUGAGGAGGUCUCUCUAAUUCUAGUAUUUUUACAUGUUAUGAUACACAAGUAAAAUAAAACAAUAGUUUACUCAGCUCAUGUUACUAUUCCCCAACAGAUAUUGUGGCAAAUUGCACAUAGGAAAGAAAAUUUAGGAAUACAGUAGCAAAACAUAAAUUAAAACUCAAAUGCCAGGACAACAUAAAACAAUAUACCAGAUGGAGAGGACGUCCGUAUUUUCAUCUUCCAUUCUAACAUUAUCCAUUGUUAGAUGCAUAAGCAUUUUGAUAUUGUGUAAUAAAUGUGGUAUUUGAGAAGAUAAAUGAUGUAGUUGAUCAGUAUUCCUCCUCUAUCAUCUUUUUAGACUUUAUAAGGUAAAUAUUUGGAAUAACUUUUAGAAGAGUUUCCUUUCUUUUUCUCCAUUUACAUUUUUCUGGUUAUUUUUUGAGUGAGGUAGGAGUAUUACUGAAUGAUAUUUUCUGAAGAUGCUUUAUGAAAAGCUCUGAAUCGAUUCUUAAUGCUCUUAAUUAUUGGCUUGUUUCACUUUUUUCCUCCAGUUUUUAACAAGGUCACAUAACUGGCUUAUUUUUUAACAGCUUUGUCAAACUACAAUUUACAUGCCAUAAAAUGUAUACACUGUAAGUUUGUAAUUCGUUGACUUUUAGUAAAUUUCUAGAGUUAUGCAUCACCACAAUCCAGUUUUAGAAUAUUUCCAUGACCCUAAGAAGUUUUCUCAUGCUUAUUAAUAUUCCCAAUCCUAGGCACCACUGAGUUGUUUUCUGUCUUUACAAGUUUUUCUUUCUACAUCUUAUGUAAAUGGAAUCAUACUACACAUAGUAUUUUGUGUCUGGCGUCUUG